UGGUUUCUCUCCGUCGUAGGUUUGCACGGUUCACCCUGGUCACACCUCACGCCAAAUUACGGUUCGGAUCGUUAUGGUAACCGUGGCUGCUCGUGUCAGCAAAGUCAUUUUUGGCCAUUGACACUUUGAAUUGCACAUUUUACUGGACUACUGUCCUGUUUGCUUGCCAUAAAAGCCAAAGGAUCUAAAACACAAAUACGAGGCCCUAAACCAGUCCCCGGAUUCACCAGCUACACGGAUAGUCUCAGUAAGAAGACCGACAUGGGGGACACGGGGAGCGAACGCAGCAAGCCUCCGAGUAACGUAAUACCCCCGCGCUGCCCUUGUGGGUUUUGGGGGUCAAGCAAAACCAUGAAUCUCUGUUCAAAAUGUUUUGCAGACAUUCAGAAGAAACAGCCAGAUGAGGAUUGCACUCCAAAGCCUGCCCCAAGCUCCAGCAGCAGCCAAGCAGAUGUUUUUUGUAACGAGACAAAAAGCAGCGUCACCCAGUCCCUGAUGUUGACGCCCACAACCUCAGACGAGCCUUCACCAGCAGAGACAGGUGCUACAUCUCUACCUGCACAGGAGGAAUCAUCCAGUACAGACACAGCCCUCAGCACAGUCUCCACCCCCACAAAACGGCCCUUUGAGUCAGCCUCAGAGUCAGAGAGUGAUGUCUCACCUGAGAAAAGGGCAAGAGUGGGUGAAGUGCCGGGUGCCAUGGAAUCUUCAUCAUCAUCAUCAUCAUCACCAUCUUUGUCUCGUAGUGCUUCAAAACAGAGGAGCCGCAAACGCUGCCAUCGCUGCCAAACCAAACUGGAGCUGGUACAGCAAGAGCUUGGCUCCUGCCGCUGUGGCUACGUGUUUUGUAUGCUCCACCGGCUCCCGGAGCAACAUGACUGUCUGUUUGACCACUUGGGCCGUGGUCGCCAGGAGGCCGUCCUCAAGAUGGUCAAAUUGGACCGCAAGGUGGGCCGCUCCUGCCAACGGAUCGGGGAAGAAUGCUCUUAAACCAUCGUGCCAGCAUGCCACCAUUUCCCAAAAGGUAUCAAGGUGUUAAGAUGGUGCCUUGGCGCUAUUAAGGAUAGGGUUUUUGUUUUUCCAACUCCCAGGAUUUGUUGCAGGCUUUUUGGACUGGCCUCCACUUGUUUGUUUCUAUGGAUGAAGACUUUUUACUUUCCCUUCGCCUGCAUUGUGUUAUGCUUCUGUUGUCCUGAUCUUAUGCCUACUGCUAAGAAGCUUUUUUGGGGAAAUCUGGCUGACUCUUUGAAGAACAAUAACGAGGAGGAGAGGAAAUAUGUGCUUUGUAAGCCCCCACCUUGUUUUUUGCAAGUUUCCUUAUGAACAGGAAUGACAGGAGGAAGAGGACAAAUAAAAAGAUGGAGAGGUCGAGGAGAAAUGCAAUGAUUUGUACAAACUUUUUUCCUGCAAGCCUGUUUGAGACUAUGCUCUUUACCUCAAGAAACAAGACCAAGAAUGAAAAGGGGGGGGGGGGAUAAUUGAGCUUUGUUAACACUUUUGUCCCGGCGUUGUUUGUACACCAUACUCUUUACCUCAAAAGCAGACAGAACUGCUAAGUAUUCUGCGCCAAGCAUGGGACUUGUAAAGCGCAACCAGCUAGCCAGCCUCACCUUACGUCAGUGUCUUACCCCCUUGGCCACCCAUCACGCUUAACCCUAACCUCUUUUACACACUCACACACUGCUCACAUACACCCUCUCAGGUUAGGGCAAUAUACCCUUCUAGCCAUCUUUAGCCAACAUUCUCCCACCCUCCCACUCCCAUCCUCCUGUUUUUCUCCACAGGACAAUAGGACAUUGCCAUCCUCCUACUUGCUCUUUGUCUUAAAAUAAAAUUGAUGGUGUUUCAGCCCCACUGAGAAGCACACAGUGGACAGAACUAAGGAAAAGAUGCAGGAUGAAGUUGGGAUGACAAGUUCAAGACUGAGGUUGUGAGCCAAAAUAAAACACAGCUUUGCAAGUACAUGCGAGUGUGCCGCAGUCUACCGAGGUGUACCGCAGGCCCUAGGUUUUUCCCUUUUUUUUUUCUACUAUGGGGCCACAGUGCCUAAGCUGCAGAUGACUUUUGUCUUGUUGGAAACGAUGAACUGGUCUUCCUUCUAUUGGGUACAGAUUUGUCUUAAAUCCUUUCACUCGCUCUCCCAGCCUCCUACCCAUCCUCACUCCUUCACACCCUUUUGGUGACAUUUGGAUCAACAGGUGUUCGAAAAGUACAGAUUUCACAAUGACAGAAAGUCAACACGGACACUUAAAAUGUGCUUUCGGAAUUUGAUUGAACCUGGCAUAUCUGGAUUGAAAGCACCCACAAAAGACACACGUGCACGUGGGCUUACUUAAGCAAACACUUUCAAUAUUUUGUUGUAUGUUGUUCACUCGUUGUGUGCAUUGAGCACAAUCCAGUGUCUGGAUUCUGCAGAAUGCCACUCAGAAGUUCCUAUUUGGGACGGUGAUGGUUGUUGUUGUUGUUCAGGUCUUUCUAAUAACUAUUCAUAAUGUCUUAAUCAAAGAAUUCUUUUCCUGUCAGCCCGCCCCUUUUUGGAAGUGAUUUUGUGACUCUGGCCACUUGAAGCCUAUGCUAUCGUCUAAACAAGACUCCAUCCUUAUCCUUAUCUAAGCAUCAUCUGUCUCUUUCCCUCCCUUCCUCCUCUGUUCCUUUCACCAUCUUGUAAUUUCUCUCCCGCAUGUGCAAUCUUGCAUCCCUCUCAUCCUGCUUUUUCUUUCUCUUUCAUCUUUCCACCUUAUUGAUAAUUUUUCUUCCUUUGUCCAGCCCCCUCCCUUCCUUCCUUCAUGUCUCCUAGCAAACGAUGGAUGUGUUUGUAGAUGUGGCUUGCGUUAGCUGAGUGCUUACAGUUGGUAUCUGUGCAUUAAUACUUAUGAUUUCUCAAAUUUUUGUGUUUUGGUGAGCUGUGAAAAGAGCGGAAAGAAACGGAAUGAUGAAAAAGUAUUUUGAUCCUCAUUUAACCUCUUUUUGGGUUCAGAUUUACUUACACUUUAGCAUAGAGAGCAACAUAUUUUUUUUCAGUUGUAAUGUGUUAAUCACAGGAAGAUGAAGAUGGAAAAUUCUGUAUUUUUCUUUGUUGUCUUAUUGCUCCCACUUAACACCUUAUUUCUUUUGUUGAGAGAGAAUAAACUGGAUUAG